GCACGCGGAGGGAGUUGAACCAAUCGUAUUGCUCGUUCUUGAGAGGUGCUCAAGCUUUUCGGAGGUUCAUACCCUCUCGUCAACAUGUCUUCAUCGGACGCUAAUAAUGGCCCGAGCCAAGCACCACCUUAUCCAGGUGUACCGCCCUCAGGGAUACCUCCCCCAUUUAUGGGACCACCAGGAAUACCGCCUCAUUUUCCUCCCAUUGGAAUGCCCCCUAUGGGACAGCGACCACCCAGCAUGACUUCCAUGCCUCCUGGUAUAAUUCCUCCUGGUAUCAUGCCACCAAUGGGGGCACCGCCAAUGGGACAGAUGCCAGGCAUGAUGCCACCUAUGAUGCCAGGGAUGAUGAUGCCCCCUCGCAUGCCAGCUGCGGCUGUACAACCAACGGGACCGCCUGGUGUUGACUCCACAGCUGCAGCACCUGGAACAGCUAGUACUACAAAUGGAUCUCCACAGGAGGAACAGCCAAAGAAGAAGUCCGUGUGGACAGAACACAAAUCACUGGAUGGGAAGACCUACUUCUACAAUACAGAGACUAAGCAGUCCACAUGGGAGAAACCAGAUGAACUCAAAUCUCCUGCUGAGCAAAUGCUGUCUAAAUGCCCUUGGAAGGAGUACAAGUCUGACACAGGGAAGCCUUAUUAUUACAACUCUCAGACGAAGGAGUCCAGAUGGACCAAACCCAAAGAGCUGGAGGAUCUGGAAGCUAUGAUCAAAGCAGAGGAGAAUGGAACGGCAGAGGCAAUGGCUCCUGGCACCACAGCAGCUCCUGCAGUGCAAGCAGAUAAUACAGCCACUAUGGCAACCGUAAUGGAGGCGGAAACUGCAACAGCAGUCUCAGAGGAGCACCUGUCUCAGGCGGCCGUGCAUCACACAGCUGAGGUCAAGACUGCAGAUGCACCUGUGGUGUCCUUAGAGAGCUCAGCUGCCACAGAGGCCACAGCCAGUAUUGAAAUCACAAAAGAGGAACGGCCUGAACUGCAGAAGAAAACUUACAAGUGGAACACUAAAGAGGAGGCGAAGCAGGCCUUCAAAGAGCUGCUGAAGGAGAAGGGUGUGUCCUCAAAUUCCUCUUGGGAACAGGCUAUGAAAAUGAUAAUUAAUGACCCUCGAUACAGUGCACUUCCCAAACUGAGUGAGAAGAAACAGGCGUUCAAUGCCUACAAAGUCCAAACAGAAAAGGAAGAAAAAGAGGAGGCCAGAAUUAAAUACAAGGAGUCCAAAGAGACCUUUCAAAGGUUUUUGGAGAACCACGAGAAGAUGACAUCUACCACCAGAUACAAGAAAGCAGAGCAGAUGUUUAGUGAGCAGGAGGUGUGGAGCUGUGUACCAGAGAGGGACAGGCUGGAGAUCUAUGAAGAUGUGUUGUUCUUCCUUGCUAAGAAAGAGAAGGAGCAAGCCAAGCAACUAAGAAAGAGAAACUGGGAAGCUCUGAAGAACAUUUUGGACAACAUGGCCAAUGUAACAUACCGCACUACCUGGUCUGAGGCCCAGCAGUACCUGCUAGACAACCCCACCUUUGCAGAGGACGAGGAGCUGCAGAACAUGGAUAAAGAGGAUGCCCUCAUUUGUUUUGAGGAGCACAUCCGGGCGCUGGAGAAGGAGGAGGAGGAGGAGAAACAGAAGACUCUUCUAAGAGAAAGGAGACGACAACGCAAAAACAGAGAGGCAUUCCAGAAAUUCCUGGACGAGCUCCACGACCACGGUCAGCUUCACUCCAUGUCUGCCUGGAUGGAGAUGUACCCGACCCUGAGCUCAGACAUUCGCUUCGCCAACAUGCUUGGCCAGCCGGGUUCCACUCCCCUAGAUCUGUUUAAAUUCUAUGUGGAAGACUUGAAGGCCCGCUACCAUGAUGAAAAGAGGAUCAUCAAAGAUAUUCUUAAGGACAAAGGCUUCCUGGUGGAAGUAAACACGAGCUUUGAAGACUUCGGAUCAGUAAUCAGCUCAGACAAGAGAGCCACCACACUGGAUGCAGGAAACAUCAAGCUGGCAUUCAACAGUUUGCUGGAGAAGGCAGAAGCCAGAGAGAGAGAGCGAGAGAAGGAGGAGGCCAGGAAGAUGAAGAGGAAAGAAGCAGCCUUUAAAAACAUGCUGAAGCAGGCCACACCACCACUGGAGCCAGAGACUACGUGGGAGGAGGUCAGAGACAGAUUCUUAAAGGAAUCUGCCUUUGAAGACGUGACUCUGGAGUCAGAGAGGAAAAGGAUAUUCAAAGACUUUAUGCAUGUCCUAGAGCAUGAAUGCCAACAUCACCACUCCAAGACUAAGAAGCACUCAAAGAAGUCCAAGAAGCACCACAGGAAACGAUCCCGCUCUCGAUCGGUCGGUAGUCUUCAUUGCACAAGACAACGAAUUGGCUCAGAGUCUGAGGAAGAGGAAUACCACAAGAAGAAAAAGAGGUCCCAGUCCAAAUCUCCUUCUGAACGUUCAUCUAGUGGAGAAUCUGAGAGAAGUUAUAAAAAAUCCAAGAAACACAAGAAGAAGGGCAAGAAGAGACGUCACAAGUCUGCAACGCCAGACUCUGACAAUGACAAGAAAGGAAGAGAUCGCGAUGGAAAGCGUGAAAAGGACUUAGAGAAAGAUAAAGAGAACGACAAGUCUCGGGGGAAAUCUCGCUCGGACUCGAAACAGAAGUCUCCUAAAAGAAAAGCUGCAAAAGAGGAGGGUGGUUGGGAUACGUCAGGCAGUGAGCUGAGUGAAGGCGAGCUGGAGAAAAGGAGAAGAACUUUACUGGAACAGCUGGAUGCACCUUGAUGAUCACAAUUCUGUUGCCCUUUUAUUGCAGUAGUACACUUCUACAAACAUGCAUUCCCCUCCAAGCUCAUCUGACUGUACCACGCCGGACGGACUGUGUGAGAUCACACCAUCCUCCGGUAUUUUUGGGAAUGUGUGACACUGAGCUUACACACUUAUUUGGUGACUAAUUUGGUAUCAGGAAACUGAUCAGCUGAUCAACCUUUAAAUGUCACGUUGCAUUUUUGUUUGCUUUCGUUUGUAUUUUUUAGUUGACUGUAGUUGUAAAUGUUUUGCCAAUAAUUUUUUAUAUUCAAUUAAAAGUGCAUCUUAAAUGUCACACUGACUGUUUCUCACCUGGAAAAGUAGUGUAAGAAGAGACAGGUUUCAGGUCAACAUAUCUCAUUAUAUCUGGACACAUUCAGAGAUAAUUAAACCGUUCUUUUGAUUUGGUCCUAACCACAGCUGUAUUCUCAAGAAAUGAUUCGAAAAAGUUGUAAUUGCAGCAUCUGUUAAAAUGGAUAAACUGUAGUAAGAUGUAAUAAAAUACUGAUUCAAUGGAAUGUGUCUGCAA